AUGUCUCAAUCAAACGUCGGAUAUCCUUCUUUGUAUGAAGGCGGAGAUCAACGUCACUAUAGCAAGGAGGAAGUUCGUGAGGAGAAUCGCACGCACCCCAACGUCAAUACCGAGGGCUACUUACAUAAAGAGGGAAUAAUGAAUGAGCUCCAAGAGGCCGACACCAACAGGAUAGUUGCAGACCGCAUGAAGCAUGAACCAGGAUUCGUGGCCACCAUGCACGGCAACAAGCCCUCUCGAGGUGCAGAAAUCGACGCUGAGCUCGCGCGCGAAGAUGCAGAGCAGCUUGAAAAGAAGAAGGGCAAGACUGACAGCAUGCCUGGAAAGAAAAUGGGACACAACACCAGCAAGAGCGAGUGGAAGCAGCAGAUGGAUCAGGAGGAGGAGGAGGCUCUGUCUAAGCAUAGCAACCGUUGA